AUGCCGCUUUUGGGACUUCCACUAGAAUUGCUUUUGUGGAUUGGCAAGUCCAUCGACAAGAAGGACCUUCGAAGUCUGCGUCUCAUAUCUCGAGAAUCCAACGUCGUCUUCACAAAGAGCCUCUUUGAUUGCAUAGACUUCCAAGACACCCCGCCAAUUCAUUGGGCAAUCGAAAGCGUGAAAAUUGUCGAACGACUCCUCAAUAUACAGAAUAUUGAUCUCAAUAACCAAUCCCUGGACGGAAAUGCGCCCAUUUCAAUUGCGCUGACCUGUCGCCAAACCUACAUCUUCCAACUUCUCUUGUCUGAUGAGCGGACAAAUUUCAACAUCUGCGACCAUCAUGGCCAAACACCACUGCACCUAGCGACAGAAAUUGGCGACUAUGGAGCAAUCCAUAUGCUUGUACGAAAUCCGCGAGUUGAUGCCAACUGUCUCAACCACCGACAGGAAACUCCGUUGCUUCUGGCUGUCAAAGGACACGGUCGUUUUCUCCCUAUUAACAAAAGAAUACUUAUCAUUGAAGCCUUGCUUUUGAGUCCGUGCAUCAACCUUAAUUAUCAAGAUGAGAAUGGACGCACCGCAAUCUGGUAUGUAGUGAACAAUUCUGACACAAAACUGGCUGAGCUCCUCUUGCAGCAAACAGAUCUGGACCUCAAUUGCGCCGACAAGCUGGGCUAG